AUGCCCCUUUUCCCGAGUAUCAAUCAGCGUAUCGGAAAAAUCACUCAACAGAAACAGUUUACUAAAAGUCCAGAACGACAUUCUCCUCAGUAUGGAUCGCCUUGGCCCUGUACGCUUCUUGUGCUUAUCGACCUAAGUGCCGCAUUCGAUACUAUCGACCAUGCUAUCUUACUGGAGACACUUGAAAAAGACUUUGGCGUAACUGGAAAUGCCCUCAAAUGGCUAACAUCUUAUUUAUCCGACAGAAAACAAACAAUUUUAAUUAAAGACCAUGAAUCGGAAGUUUUCAAUCUUCAAUCGGGAGUUCCGCAGGGUAGCUGCCUUGGCCCUGUCCUCUUCAUACUCUAUGUGGCUGGGUUAUUUAAG